AUGUCAACUACCAAAAACCUCAUUAGAUCUGGACAUUUAAGAGAAUAUGAUGAUGUGUUUAAUGAGUGUGUUCAAGAUGGAAUUAUUGAAACUAUAGAUAAAGACGAGAAAAAGGGGUCACUAUUUAUCACAUCAUCCUGUGAUAAAAACUGGUGUAACAAUAAAAAAAAAUUCGUCCGGUUUUUUGAUGCGUCGAUGAAAGAUUCCAAAGGAAAUUCCUUGAAUAAUUGUUUAGAAAAAGGGCCAAAUUUAUUAGAGUUGGUACCCAAAUUGAUAAUGCAGUUUCAGAAAAACGCAAAUGGCGUAACAUCAGAUAUCAAAAAAGUAUUUUUACAAAUAAGUUUGAAUCCAGAGGAUAGGGAAUAUUUUAAAUUUCUGCGGUGGAAAGACUUAUCAAGACAAGAAGAAAUAAUCACGCUCCAACAUUGUAGAGUGGUAUUUGGUGCUUCUCCUGGUCCAUUUUUACUAGAGGUAACUAUAGCUUACCAUCUAGAGAACGCUCCGGAUGAAAGGAAGAAACAGCUUAUCGUCUCAAAGAGUCUUUUUAUGUGGACAACUGUAUUACAGAAGUUUUUACUACGGCUUUAA